GGUAUCAUCAUCAUCUCAUGUUACUAAUAAUGUCUUUACAAGCUCUCGUUCUUUUCUUGGUGUUUUAGAUGAAGUGAUCAAUAAACCCCAAAUGGGAAUACCAGAAAUGUUCAUUCGUUCAGAUAAAGAACCUUUAAUUGAUCUAUCAAUCAAUGAUAAAACCAAUCCUUUGCCAACAAUUCCCAUCUUUGACUUUCAAACAUUGCUAUGUGCUGGUGACAAUAGUACUGAACUUGAGAAGUUAUUCUCAGCAUGCAAAGAUUGGGGCUUCUUUCAGGUAGUGAAUCAUGGUGUUAGUUCUGAAUUACUUGAGAAGCUGAAAUUUGAGAUUGAGAAUUUUUUCAAACUUCCAGUUGAAAUGAAAACAAAAUACAAAAUAAAACCAGGGGAUGUUCAAGGUUAUGGAACUGUCAUUAGAUGUGAAGGUCAAAAACUUGAUUGGGGUGAUAGAUUCUUCAUGGUUACAAAUCCUGUUGAGAUAAGAAAGCCACAUCUUUUUCCUCAACUCCCUUCAUCACUAAGGGAUACCUUGGAGGCAUAUAUCUCAGAAUUGAAGAAACUUGGCAUGGCAAUUCUUGGAUUAUUAGGAAAAGGUAUAAAGAUGAAUAUGAAGGAAGUGGAGAAGAUAUUUGAUGAUGGAAAUCAAUCAAUGAGGAUGACAUACUAUCCUCCAUGCUCGCAACCGGAGCUUGUUGACGGCAUUAACCCUCACUCCGAUGGCUCCGCAAUAACCAUCCUUAACCAGAUUAAUGGUGUUGAAGGACUUGAGAUUAAGAAAGAUGGUGUUUGGAUUCCUGUGACCUUUCUUCCAGAUGCUUUUGUAAUUAAUAUUGGAGACAUUAUGGAGAUUAUAAGCAAUGGAGUGUAUAACAGCAUAUUGCAUAGGGUAACAGUAAACAAAGAAAAGGAGAGAGUUUCUAUCGGAAUGUUCUUCAACCCCAAAUUUGAAGCAGAGAUUGGACCUGUCAAGAGUUUAAUAACUUCUGAAAACCCAGCUUUGUUCAAAACCUUGUCGAUGGAAGAUUACAACAAAUCCUUUUUUUCAAGAAAUCUUGAUGGGAAGACAAACUUGGAGAGAAUGAGACAGAACAAAAGUUAAUUUUCAUAUAAAAGAUUUAGGUUGGUUUGAUCCGCAAAAUAUAUGUACUAGGCAGAAGAAUA